CAUGGCGGGAGGAAUGAAAGUGGCGGAGUCUCCGGCAGUUGUUGUCGGGCCCUGGGGCUGGGGAGCUGGGGGCGGUGGGACAGUGCGGCUUCUCCUCAUCUUCUCCGGCUGCUUGGUCUGCUCAGCUGGAGUUGAUGUAAACGUGGUCAUGCUUCAGGAGUCCCGAGUUUAUUUUAUGGAGACCAGGCAGCAAUUCUGUUAUAAAAAUGUACUUAUCCCAAAGUGGUAUGAUGUAUGGACACGGAUACAGAUCCGAGUAAAUAGUUCCAAACUGGUACGAGUCACCCAGGUGGAGAAUGAGGAUAAACUGAAGGAGCUAGAGCAGUUUAGUAUCUGGAACUUUUUUUCCUCUUUUUUAAAAGAGAAAUUGAAUGACACAUAUGUUAAUGUGGGUCUGUACAGCACAAAAACCUGCCUCAAAAUUGAGAUUAUAGAGGAAGACACCAAAUACAGUGUCACUGUGACCCGGAGAUUUGACCCCAAACUCUUCCUCAUUUUCCUCCUUGGACUUACGCUUUUUUUUUGUGGAGACUUGCUGAGCAGAAGCCAAAUCUUCUACUAUUCCACUGGGAUGAGUGUGGGAAUUAUAGCCUCUUUACUGAUCGUCAUUUUUGUACUGUCCAAGUUUAUGCCCAAGAAAAGUCCCAUUUACAUCAUCCUAGUGGGAGGCUGGUCCUUUUCUCUGUACCUCAUUCAACUCAUUUUAAAAAAUUUACAAGAGAUCUGGAGGUGUUACUGGCAGUAUCUUUUAAGCUAUGUCCUCACAGUUGGCUUCGUGAGUUUUGCAGUCUGUUACAAGUAUGGGCCUCUGGAGAAUGAACGAAGCAUCAACCUGCUGACCUGGACCUUGCAGCUGAUGGGCCUGUGUUUCAUGUAUUCUGGUAUCCAGAUACCGCACACUGCCCUUGCCAUUGUCAUCACGGCUCUGUGUGCUAAGAACCUGGAGCACCCUAUUCAGUGGCUGUACAUCACCUACGGAAAGAUGUGUAAGGCAACAGAAAAGACUGUCCCCCCUCGUCUCCUGACAGAAGAAGAAUAUCGGGUACAAGGAGAGGUGGAGACCCGAAAGGCUUUAGCAGAGCUUCGAGAAUAUUGUAACAGCCCAGACUGCUCUGCUUGGAAGACUGUUACUCGAAUCCAGUCUCCAAAGAGAUUUGCUGACUUUGUGGAAGGUUCUUCCCACCUCACACCAAAUGAGAUCUCUGUCCAUGAGCAGGAAUAUGGAUUAGAAAGCAUCAUUGCCCAGGAUGAACUCUCUGAAGAAGCAUCCUCUGAGGAGGAGGACUCUGAUUCUCGGUACCCCAUGGUCACACAGCAGAACAACUUCCUGACUUAGGUUGUGGUCCAUCACUUUUAUGUGGACUGGCUUGGUACCUUGAUGGUUCAUGUUGUGUGUACUAUGCAAUUGCUUCUCAGCUCUUUGAAACAGGGUGAGACAGUACAGAAAUUCUCUCACUGAAAUUAGAAGCCUAGGUAGGCCUCUGUCUGUAAAUGGGCUUGGUGGUCUCUCUGGGAUCCCAGGGAAGGAGAGUGGAAAAGUAGCCAAUGCUCUUGGCCCACCUUAUGUUUCCAGGAUGGCUACAGCUAGCAUAGCAUUCCAUCCCCCCUUUGAACAUUAAUUCAGUCGUGGCAUUUCUGCCAUUGUGGCUGACACUCAGAAGGGAGACUGUUUCAUGUGUAGUAAUGCUUUCAGACUAUUGUCUGUGUCCUCUAGAGAGAAAUACGCAAAUCUGAGCCUCCUUCACUUCUGUUUUUAUUUCAGUGACUUUAGAAUAAUUCUUAUUUUAACUCUUUUAAGAGGGAAAUAGAUUUUUGCCUGUCUUGUUUUUUAAAUACAUAUAUUUUUAAAAUGUCACAAAUCCCUGUUCCAGAACUGACAAGUGCUCCAGAGCGCCCAGCCCCAUAGGCCUUGUGUAUUUAUUAAUAUAUAUUAUUCAUUAAAGCCCCAGAAGCUGUUGUGUUGAGCUUUGAAUUAGUUCUUAAACAUAUGAUGCUUUAAAUAGAAACAGGCCUGUAGUCUCUUCUGUAGGGGAGGUCUGUUGAACUUUUGAUCAUAUUCAGCUUUUAAUUCCAUCUCAAAAAUACAUUUGUGUUCUUCCUGUCCCAUUCAUCUCUGCACCCUUUGCCCUUUCAAUAAGAGUCUAUCCUCUCACCUGUGAAGUAUGUACAUGUCAGAGUUUGUUUUGUUGCUGACAUUCUCCCCUGGUUUGUAGCAUAAUUCCUUCUAGUUAUGAGUGAUCUUAUUUAGGGAAUGUAAGUGCUUUUUACUGGUUCUCCAUUUUCUUGUCAGUGGGUCACAUUUCUUGAGUUGCUGUGGAAUCAGGAACCUGUUUCCUCUUCAUUUCCCUUCCUUUAUCUACCCACUCUACCUGUUCCUUUUGGCCUUUCCUUACCACUUAAACUUUUCCCAUGACAUUAGGCUAAUUAGCAAGCCUUAAAACUAUCUGUGAAAUCUUCAGUACAACAUACAAGUGAGUAGCUGUCAGUGCCAGUUUGCAUGCCAGGAAAUAGCCCUUCAGGCAACCUUUGUGCCUCUGGUUGUUCAUUCAGCCCUCAGGAGUAGACAUUUUCCAUGAACUUCUUUGCAGUUCCAUUUCUGACCAGAGAUUCAUGCUGCCUUUUGUUAAGAUGGCAUUAGUUUCACAUUCUUUUGCCAUUGGAAAGUACCCUAUAAACCAGCAGUGACAUUUAUGAGGGAGCAGAUUCCCAAGUCUCUGCCCUUUGCUUGGUUCUAUUUGUGAUCUUCACCUUCGUACCUUGGAAAAAGCUAUAAUUGGCUCUAGCCAGGAAGAUAGUCACUGACAGCAAGAGCACAACGUCAGAUUUCCUGGCUCACCGUGAUCAUGGAGAGGGCAGAUGAUUUUUUAAAAAGCUGUAAUGACUCCUUCAGAUCAGCCAUGUAGCAGAUAAUUUUGAAAGGCCUUGGGCUGCAUUGCUAACUUUCAAAAUGUCAGCUAUGAGGCUCCCCUCCAAUGAGCAGUUGAUUAUUUCCACCAGUGUUUCCCACAGCUUUAAACUGUCCUAAAGUGACAACUACCUCAGUUGGCAGCAAAUAGGUAUAUUACAGUAGAAAGUGAAAAAUAAGCAGUGUUUGGUCAGGUGCUGUUGAUUAAAGCUGCAAAGGAGCUUUAUAUUGGGAAACAUUUAUGCCUUUGUAAAUUAUACACAUGGUAAAAUUUUAUCUCUACAAAGAACUGUUUAACCUCUGGGAUUUACUAUUUUUUGCCAUGUUUACAGAAAGUAAGACCUAGUGUAUUUGAGUGUAAGUUGGUUUGAAAACUCAGCUGUACAAGUAGUCUCAGGAUUCCCGGAGACCUUGGUGCCAUCCCCCAAAUGGCUCCUUAGAGAGGUGGUAGCCUGCCUCCAGGUGACUUCUGACUUAAGCCUUUAUUUCUGUGAAAAAGCAUAGUGAAGUGAGGAAAGUCUCCUUUUUUUCUGUGUAGUAAACUCCUUGUGAAGGAUAAUUUCUAUUUCGAGACCAGUUUUUUCACUGUUUGAAUUUGGGAUGAAUAAAAUCAAACUCAAGUUUAUUGCUGCCCAUCUGGUAGUUGGAGAACUGAGCUGUAGGCAGUGGAGAUGACAAUGAGAGCCACUUGCAGACAGUGCAGGAUGGUACCUCUGGUGUGCUGUGUGUCCUUGGCUGCCUGCUUAUGUGGCGCUGCCCCAGAUGCUUCAGACUCUCCACGCACCCCAAGAUUGCCCGACUCCAUAAGCCUUCUAUGGAAGCUGCCCUGUCUCCCUCUUGGCCACUUAGUCUGUUGGCUCAGUCACUACUUGAAGCCCCCAUUUAAUUUCCUCUGGCAGUUACAGCUCUUGCAGUUUCAGCACAGUCCCUUCUCUCAGACCGAUCUCAUCAAGAGGAAUCGAAGGGUAACUGGAGUGAGCUGGGCACUGGAGCCAUGUCUGCUGCCAGGUUGGCGUCUUGCUAGGGAAAUAUCAAGCUGUACAUUGGCCCUCGGGCUCAGGGUCUCAUCAGUAUUGGAAAUCCAUUGCCUCUAAUCGGUCUGACCAACUUGUGUAGAGCAUGACUCUCAUUAAUGGGAACACAGGAGCCAGCUGGCCUAAAACAUUCCCCUUCACUUUCCCACUCAGAGUGCUUUCCUGAGACCAAGGGAAACAAUGAUCAAAUAAGGAAAAUUUAGUAACUUUGAUAUCUUCUAAUAAUAAACUCUUAUCAGCCACUUUCUCCUACCAAAACUAGUUUAUUUCUCCCUCCAGAUUCAUGACUUUUAUGUCUGUUAUAAAGGGAGAUUUUGCUGAUGAUAGUCUUUAGGUCCCAAUGUUCUGUUUUGUGCUAAUACAACCCAUUCAAGGGCCUAGCCCUUUCUUCAUUGACUGUGUUUCCUUCAACCCAGUUCCGGUUGGCACAUCUGAUAUAAAUUUGAUGCAUGAAAGGACCCAAGUAGGCCAGAUAGUACCCCCAGGCCCUGAUAUCCACAAGUGGCUUGGGAAUAAAUUAUGCAGUGCUCUCAAUCUUUUUGUUAUUCCAGAAAAAAAGAUGGCUCAAAUAGAUACCCACUAAAAAAUGGUUCUAGCUGUGUACUCACAACUUCUCUGAACUGAGUACUGAAAACUGAUGUAGGAGGAAAGGAAACUAUUACUUAAGUAUUCCUCUAGACUGAGGCCGGAUGUGAGGUAACAACUUGUAGUGAAAUGCCAAAAAUUUUAUCUGACUUGAGGAGAGGACAGUUUAACAGAUUUAUUAUGCAUUAUGUUGCAUAGGCACUGAAACUGAGUAAUAAACAAGUAAAGUAGCCUUUGUACAAGGCAGAUGUACGUAAUACCUUUUGUUUAUAUUGUGAUGUAGCAGGAAUUCUUUUUUUUUAGGAAAGCCUAUGCAAUUGUGGUGAUCCACUGGUGUCUCUUGAUAACUUAGCUUAUGAAUUGAGUUGCUGUUGACUUGGAUUCUAAAUGGUUACUACCUUAAGAAGGGUGUUUGGUGCCUUAAGUGAUGGGACCCAGAGUCUGAGUAGAACAAAUAUAGCAGAUGGACACCAACAUCAACACACAGCUUUAGUGGAGAUGGGGAUGAAUGAUACACAGCCCCCAACUUUGGGACUUUUGGCUCCCACACCUCCCAUUCAUGUGUGUCAUCUUCCUCUUCACAUUUCUUGACAAUAACUUGAAAAUGGUGAAAUCACCUUUUUUGAACUUUCCUACAGCAUGGGCAACAUUCUUACGUGUUAACAGGUAGCUCAUAAUCUGGUAGAAAUGUUACAGCCUGUGAUUGUCUCAGUUGCCCAUGUUUCUAGAAUUGAUGGCAAAAUAGUAGGGGUAAUGAAUUCAUGGGUAAGUUUUAAGCCUGUGGGUAAUACCUGUUAUUUAAAAGGAUUUGUCAUUUAUAUUUAAAAUAAAUAUUCAUGGGUGUUUGAAAGGAACAAAAUGAUCAGGGAUGGCUCUGCCAUGAGUCUCAUUUUCACUCUUUUCUGUAAGAAAAAAUAAGUCUUAUAUAUUUUUUCAUUUUUAUUGUACAAGUUUGUAAGUAAUUGCAAUUUUAAUAAAGUUUUAUAGACAA